UUGGAAGAUCCCCGCCCGGGUUGGUAUCCAGGGUUGGUGUGCCAGAUCCAUCCCGGCGCUGCUGCUGCUGCUCCAGCCGGGAAUGGUGCCAGGAAUUCUGCGGGAAUGGUGCCAGGAGCGCCCCCCGGUGCCCCCGGGAAUUCCGCUCCUCCCUCGGGAUCCGCUGUGCCCGGGGAUGAUCCCGAACCCCGCGAGUUCGGGCACAGGAGCCGCUCCCAGCAUCAAAUUCGCGCUCUCCGCCUACGCCACGCUCUUCUCGCUGCUGGGGCUGCUGCUGCUGGCGCUGGGCGCGUACGCGGAGGCCGAGCGGCAGCGGCUCCGCACGCUCGAUGGCAUUUUCCUGGCUCCGGCCGUGCUGCUGCUGGCGCUGGGCUCCCUCGUGUCCCUCGUGUCCCUGCUGGGCCUGGUGGGCGCCCUGCGCGACAACCGCGCCCUGCUCCGCACGUUCUUCUGGGUGCUGCUGCUGAUCUUCCUGACGGAGCUGCUGCUCAUCCUGGUGCAGAUCGUCUUCGAGAGCAAGAUGAACGAGGUUUUCCACUCCAACAUCCAGGAGGGAAUCCGGCACUACUACGACGACCUGGACUUCAAAAAUAUCCUGGAUUUUGUGCAGGAAAAGUUUUCCUGCUGUGGAGGGGAUGAAUUCCGGGAUUGGGAAGUGAACCAGUACCACCGGUGCAACGGCAGCGGGGCCCUGGCCUGCGGGGUGCCCCACUCGUGCUGCGUCCGAGGGGCGCCCGGGGCCGUGGUGAACACGCUGUGCGGGUACCGCGCCCUGGACAAGGAGCGCCUGGAGCUGCUGGGCACCAUCCACGUGCGCGGCUGCAUCCACGCCCUGGGGCUCUGGCUCAAGGACAACGGCCCGGCCACGCUGGCCAUCGGCUGCUCCCUGCUGCUGCCCCAGCUGCUGGGCCUGGCCCUGGCCCGGCUGCACUGGCAGCAGCUGAACGAGCUCCGCUCCCGCUGCCAUUUCGUGGAUUCGGGACCGGGCCCGGGCGCGGCCCCGCUGGAUCUGACGGGAGCGGGCUGGUGCUGGUGCCUGCCCCGGGACGGCGGCUACGGCGGCUACGGAGCUACCGGAGCACCGGGGAGCGACCGGGAAUACGGGAACACGGGAGCACCGGGAAUGACGGGAACAACGGAGACACCGGGACGGGAAUACGGGGGACACGGGAAUAACGGGAGCAGCUGGAAUGGCGGGAAACAUGGAAUGGCGGGACAUACCGGGAAUAACGGGAAUAACGGGAAUAACGGGAACAGCUGGAAUGGCGGGGACACCGGGAGCAUCGGGGACACCGGGAAUGGCGGCUGGGAGGAGGAGGAGGAGGAGGAGGAGUUGGAUGAAGGCGCCGCCUUCCUCCGCAGAGUGUGA